AAUAGUGAGAUUCCCAAGUUUCCUUUGCUUUUUCUGGUUACUUAACUAUAUCUGGUUGUGUGAAUUACUGUUGUUUGAGAUGCUUUGUCUCAGAACAGAAGCUCUUGAGGAAGAGCCCCAAAGUAGUCCUAAUAGUAGCAAUGCCAAUGGCAAUGGUGGGUUCAUCCUCCCUAUCAAUUGGGGGAGUUCCAUUCAAAGAUAUUUACAGUGGAAAGGUGGUAAGGUGUUGAACCAGUCAUUUUCAGCAGGGGAGCAGUCUUCUGCUGAUUUGGAGGAAACCAUCCCCCAGAAAAGAAGCCAACAGGAGAAAGGUGGGAAAAUGUCUCAUUACAAGUACCAGCUUGAACAAGACGUACUAAAGCUGCAACAGCAGCUGCAGGAUGAAACCAAUUUGCGCCUAGCUCUAGCAAGUGCUGUUGAACAUUCCGAGUCACCUUGCCUAGAUUCCCCUUCCAAGCUUCCAGAUAAGGCACAAGAGCUUUUGGAUAGCAUAUCUGUUUUAGAGAUCACUGUCUCAAAGCUUGAAGAAGAAUCCUUUGAAUUGCAAUAUCAGCUAAGUCAGGAAAGGAAUGAGCGACGUCUUGCUGAGUAUCGUUUAAAGCAUCCUCCCUCGCCUGCACAGUUGAUUUUUAAUUGCUCUCCAGCUUACAACACAGAACUGAUAAAAAGACCUUCUAGUGAAGGGGAAGCAGAAAGAAGCAUGGAUAAUAUGCUUCCGAGGCAAGACAUUAUCAAUAAGGAUUAUUUUGUGGAGAACCUUUGGCACCACCCCAAUCUGCUGUCUGAAGAGAUGGUCCUGCGUAUGAGAGACAUUUUCCUCUUCUUAGCAGAAUCAUCCAAACUUUCAUCUUCUGAAUGCAUAACUUCUCCUUCUUCAUCUUCACUCCACAGCCACCUUGCCCACUCUUUAUCAUCUUUCUCAGCCUCACCCAACAUGACUUCCUUGUCAAGUUCUCCUUCAAGAGGUAGAACAUCUGAUCCUUAUGGAGUUCCUGGAAAAGUGGACUGGACAAGUAGUAUUGGACCCUACAGCACAGCCAUUGAGGUCUCUUGGUUGUCUGUCGGGAAGAAAGAGGUUGAAUAUGCUGCCAUGGCUCUCAAAAGAUUCAGGUUGCUAGUUCAGCAAUUAGCUAGAGUAAAUCCAUCUCACCUAUGUCACAAUGAGAAGCUGGCGUUUUGGAUAAAUUUGUACAAUGCUCUGAUUAUGCAUGCAUAUUUAGCAUAUGGAGUUCCAACAAAUGAUAUCAAACUGUUUUCCUUGAUGCAGAAGGCUGCUUACACAGUUGGAGGGCUCUCACUCAGUGCAGCUGACAUUGAAUAUGCUAUAUUAAAAAUGAAGCCUCCUGCCUAUCGUCCACAAAUUGCCUUGGUUCUUACCCUUCAAAAACUCAAGUCAUCUGGGGAGCAGAAAAAGUAUUCAAUUGAUCAUCCUGAGCCUCUCGUUUCUUUCGCUUUAAGUUGUGGGCUGCAUUCUUCACCUGCAGUGAGAAUUUUCAAGCCUGAAAAUGUGAGCGAGUUGCUCAACAAGUCAUUGAAAGAUUACGUCCAGGCAUCUGUCGCCAUAAGCAGCAAAGGAAAACUAUUGGUGCCAAAGUUGUUGCAUUGUUUUGCCAAAGGUGUGGUUGAAGACUCUCAGCUACCUGAAUGGAUCUGCCAAUAUCUAUCCCCAGAACAAGCUUGCAUGGUCAGAGACUGUUUAUCACAUAAUAAGUGGAGGCUCCUUGGUGCUCGAACCUUUUCCAUCCUACCUUUCGAUUCAAGGUUUCGUUUUCUUUUCCUAUUAGACGGUAAUAGCUACAUUACCUUGCUUCAAGAAACAUAGAGUUGCUAACAGAACUUGGUUUUCAAUUGGUACACCCAAGAGAAAACAUAGAAAUAAGAUUGUGAAGAUUUAUUUUGGUCUUUAGAUGAGAAACGGUAUGCAGAUGAAGAAGGGCAUGAUUCUAGUUUAGCCCUUGCCUCAUGAUCCAGAAUAGAGUUUGCAUUAUAUCAUUGUAAAGUAGUGAAGAGAAACAAGUGGCAUCUUACAUCGCUGCUUAGGGCUGGGCACUAUACCAUAAAUGCCACAAUUACCA